AACCAAAAAAUACAAAAUGAAAAAAACAAAAAAAGCAGCCGACAUUUUUUCGAUCACGUGACGUCUAGGUUAAAGAGCGACUUUGUUAACAUCGAGAUUUAACCUUUCUUAUUGGUGGAUCGGCCGAAAGUAUUUUAAUAAAACGACGCCGAUUGGUCGACCACUUAAAUUUUUAUUAUGUUUAUAGACAGAUGGCAGUACCACCUCGAAAUGUUUUGCCUUCGUACUUACCAAUGUUUCAUUUAUAUUUGAUUUUUCCGUAUUUUUAAACGAAGUUCGUAUAGUUAAAAUGAAUCGAGAUAAAGAAGAAGAGAUUUUAAGGAUAAGAAAGCAGCUGUCACGUGAAAAUACUUGAAUGUAAUUUCUGAAAGAUUAUUAAAUGAUAAACAAAAUGGAAAAGGGUUAUUUGGUGAAAGCUGUUUAUGACUUUCAAACAAAUUUGGAAGGGGAACUGUCUAUUCAAGUUGGACAAAUUAUACAUGUUAUGAACAGGAUUGAUAAACAUUGGUUACAAGGAAUAUCAUCCGGACAGCAGGGAAGCUUUCCUUCUAGUUUUGUUAUGGAAAUAAAAGUUUCCCCAAUUUCUCUCAAUGAGAAGUUAUUUGCUGCUACAGAUAAGUUUUCAGCUCAAGAAGAUGGAGAUUUAUCUUUUGAAAGAGGUGACAUAAUUGUUGGAAAAAGACCAAUUGAUGCAAACUGGUGGUUUGGCGAGAUUAAUAAUAGACAAGGUAUAUUUCCAUUGACUCAUGUUUGGGCUAUAGAUACAUCAAAUUUAAAAAUGGAAGAUAUGCCAAAGAAAGUGAAUUUAAAAGCCAGAGUUAAAAUGGAUAUGGUUGCUCAGUUACCAGAGGAAGUAGAUUUAAUAAAAGGAGAUAUCAUUACUGUUACAGAAUUUAUAGAUAAAGAUUGGUACAGAGGAAUCUCCAAUGAUAAAGUAGGAAUAUUUCCUUCUUCAUUUGUGAUUUUGUUGGAUGAAAAAACGUCUUUAGAAUCUUCAAAUAGUCUUCUAUCAGACCAGAAAAUUGAAGAAAAAUCCAGCAGUAUGAAGAAUGGUUACAAUUCAUCUCUUUUAGAAACCUCUGAUUCCACAGAUCUUAAUAAUCAGUUUGGUUAUGACUGCACCAACAGUGGUAUAACUCCUUAUGGAAGAACUCGUUCUUCUUUUAGUGCUGAGUAUCCUAAUGAGCUAUCAUUUAGUCAAGGUGAAUUAAUAACAUUAAGAAAUUAUAUUGAUGAUCAAUGGAUGGAAGGUGAAAUUGAUGGAAGAGUUGGUUUGUUUCCCUCCAGUUAUGUUGAUAUUAUAGUUGAUUUAGACAAUAACAAUAAGAAACAAUCUAAUAACAAUCAGCUAUCAAAUAAACAAGACUAUGAUUUUCCUUCUGAUACUUAUGGUAGAGUUCUUUAUGAUUAUGAGCCACAGAUAAUUGGAGAUUUACGAUUGAAAGUAGGUGAUACUGUGACAUUAUUAAGAGCACCAAAUUCCAAUUGGUUUGAAGCUAUGACAGAUGAUGGUACUAUUGGUAUGUGUCCUGCUAAUUUUAUUGAAGUGAUAGAAUGUGAACCUUCUUUAUCUUUACAAAAUACAUCUCAACCAAAUCAGUUCUCAACAAAUUUUUCUGAUUGGAACAAAUCACAAAAAAGCAAACCAGAAAGGCCACCACCACCUUAUUCCAGUGUUAUUAGUUGGAAUCAAAAUGAUUCUUUUCAAAUGCAAAAUCAUUCAUCUUCUAAAAGUAUUAAUGAUAGUAUUGCUUCCAAUAUUUCUAAUUUAGAAUUAUCCAGUUCAAAUAUAAGACCUCAAACAUUGCCAAGAUACAACAGUGCAAGUAAAAUAUCUGUAGAUCAUGCUGAUUUAAUUUCCUAUAACUCAUAUAAAGAUAAUACAUUUUCAACUGAAAGAUCGUUGGAUAAUCUUCUGAAUUAUGAAGAAGCUAUUUCUCAAACACGACCUUUGACUAAUUUUAAAAGCAAUUGUUCACAGAGUCAAACAACUACCUAUACAAAUGAAACUGCUACACAAAAUACAGCACAAAUCAGUAAUCUACAGAAUGAAGAAAUUCCAGAACAUUCAAAUCUUCAGUCUCAAAGAAUUCCUCAUAGACCAGCACCUUCUUUUCCUAUUUCAAGGCAACCUAUUAAUAGGUUAUCAAGUGUUGAAAAUGAAGAUUUAAACGGUGAUAAUGUUGAUAAUAUUCAGAAUCGUUUGUCAGAAAAAGAAAACCAGUUGCAUAGAUUAGAAAAAUGCAAGAAAAAAUUAGAAGAUGAAAUUAAUAAUGAACAAUGUGAAAUUGAUGGAAAUAUUUCUGUUCGAAAUGAAUUAAAAGAUCAAAUUAACAUAUAUAAUGAUGAAAUAGAUGGAUUAAAAAAAGAAAUUAAAAUUUUACAAUAUGACAUUCAUCCAAAAAUUAAAAAACAUUCGUUAGGUAUUGAUAUGAUGGCAUUAUUUGGAAAUUUAGAUGAAGUAAUUGAUAUAGCUUCAAAACUGUUACAUCAUUUAGAAGAUACAAUGAAACAAGAUGAAGUAAAUCAACUAAUUGGCCAGUGUUUCAUUGAUUUAGCUGAUGAUUUGAAAGAAGUAUAUGGCCAUUACUGUAGAAAUCAUGAUGACAUUCAUUCACUUCUUGAUAAAUAUGAAGAAAAUCAACCAAUGUCAAAUUACCUAAAACAUGGGGUAGAAAUUAUUCAAAGACAAACAAAUUGUUUUGAUCUCCGCUCCAUUCUUAUUAAACCUGUUCAAAGAAUACUUAAAUAUCCUCUACUUUUAAAUGAAUUAGUUAAGUGUACUGAAGAUUCUCAUUUAGAUAAAAAACUACUCAGUAAAGCUGUUGACUUAAUGACAGAUGUUGCAACUGCUAUUAAUGAAUUCAAACGUCGUAAAGAUUUAGUUUUCAAAUAUAGAAAAUCUGCAGAUACAAGUUUAUCUACAAGGAUUUCAAAAUUUACUAUUCAUUCUAUCUUGAAAAAGUCAUCAAGAUUUGGUAUGAGAUUGUCAUCAUCAAUUGGUUUGACUACUGUAACAAAAGAUGAAAUGUUUGAAGAUGCUGAGAAAACUUUUCGAAGUCUUGAGAAAACAAUUAAAAUAUUCCUGAAAGAUGUUAAUUCUUUUAAUGAAAGCAUGCAAGAUUAUAGAAUGACAGCAUUAAAUGUGGCUGAAGAUAUUGCAAACUUUUAUCAACAAAGAAAUGCCCAACAAGAAAUUGAAAAAUUGAGGACAACUCACUUUAUUAUAGUAACUCAGUAUUGGGAAGAUUUUAAAAUAUCAAUGGAAAGGCAUGUAAUAAAUCCACUGAAUGAAUUGUUACAAACAUUUAAUGGUCCAAGAAAUUUGAUACAGAAGCGGUAUGACAAACUGUUGGAUUAUGAAGCAUGUACAAAUCGAUUAGAACGUAACAAAGAUGUGACUAAACAGAAAACACUUUGUGAAGAACAGCAGUUGAUGAAAAAUACAUAUGAAGCUCUAAAUAGUCAACUUUUAGAUGAAUUACCAAAAUUAUGUGAAUUAUCUACUGAAAUUUUAAAUUUCAGUGUAAUAGCUUUCCUUCAAUUGAGAAAAACUUUUCUUGGGCGUGUUGCAAAACAAAUGAUUGAACUAACAGAGCUUCCUUUGAUCAUUGGUAAUAGAACAGAAUUUUUAGAAACAUUUCAAGUAAAACAUAAUUUGGCAUCUGCAAAACUAUCUGAUUUUUCUUCUGAAAUUCGCCAGAUAUUUGCAAGUAAUUCAUCUUUGUUAAAAACUGAUACUUUAACAAAGAAGACUGACACAUUGACAAAGAAGACAUCACCAACUGCACAUCGUUUAAGUUUAGGUUCAUCACCAUUGAAUACUCAGACUGAAAGUCAACGUACUUACCUAAAGUCUCAUUAUUCAUCAAACAGUUUGUACAUAGUUAGAGAUUCAUAUGUGGCAACUGAUAUCUUAGAUUUAUCAGUUCAAAAAGAUGACAUUGUUAGAAUAAUUAAGAAACAAGACCCAAUGGGUAAUUCUCGCAGAUGGUUUGUAGAUAAUGGAAGUAAGUAUUUUAUGAUUUUAAUAUUUUAUAAUGCUAAUAACUUAUCAUUAUUAUUUAUUUAUUUUUAUUUUAUUACAUUUUAUUCAAGUAUACACAACCAAAACCCAAUAUAUUAAG